AUAAACUUUGCGAAACCAUGUAAGAAAACAUUGUGAGGAAAAUUCAGCCUUUGACUAUCGGCGCAGGUUUUACUGAUCAGUACACACCAAUGGAUAGCCCGAACUUUACCGAAAACGUGGUUGUGUACAUUGGACUGCCUGCUGAAAGACGUGGGAGGAUUCUGAACGCGCAUGGACAGAACGACUUGGCGGGCGAGAUGAAUAGAAACACUAUCUCUCCGCCGGCCGCCUCCAGAUCCACGAACAACAACAACAACAACAACAUCACAGCAGCCACCACACAGCGGUCCAGAACAGUCCAGGAUGUCUGUGAAAAAAAGCCAAGUUACCAUUCCAAGGUUUUGCUGUGCAGAGAUGAUGAACAGCAUAGCAAUGAGCAUACAACUGGAUGGCUGUUCAACAGGGAGAGGUGCCAUGAGGCCCAACAGACUUCCAUGAUCAAAUCUCGAACCACUGUAAUAGAACUCUUCAAGUGGAGCAGCCCACACUGCAAUCACAAAGAUGUCUUCAGGGUUUCAAAGUUCUUUUCAGUCCCGAAGGAUAGCUGUUUUACUCAGCAAAAUGCACUGUUUAACAUGGAGAUUCUUCAGGACAGAGAGCAGGCAGAACAAGGGAGUGGGAAAGGAAGGUGGACCAGCCACAAGAGGAACAAUUAUUUGGGGAUGAUGUCAUUGUUUGGCCCUGUCUCUUCACAUCUCUGGCCUGUUGAGAUGAAGCCAAGCUGCUCAAGCUCUCACAUUAUCUCACUGCUGGGAUGACUCCGACAUACAAGUAUAUAUUUCAUGGAGUUGGGCUCAGGGCCACUGACCACAGAUAUUGGAACUCGUCCUUGUACUAGGGGACAGUAUUCAAGGUUUAUUUAAUAUUCACAAAACUGAUUAUAAAAAUACAUCUUUUUGAAAAUUGAUAGAUACAACAAAUGUAACCUGUUCACACUAUUAGGCUAAACUUAAUAACCCAUUAAUGUUAACCCAUAUUAAUAAGCUAAAUGGACUUUUAUUGGCCUUUUAUGACUGAUUUUUUAUAUCAGCUGAGCUAAUCCUCUGUGUGAAGCUUUUUUAAAGGCCAAAGUAAAAAAUGGAUUUACUGAGUGGCCCACCACCAUAACUAUGUUCUGAGUUCUGUGGAACUUCAUAUGUAGGUUACGUAAAGAUGAGUAGAAGUUUUGUGUCAAAUUCAGCAAUUUAGAACAAUGGAAGCAAAAUACAAAUUGUUAAUUACUUAGUUAUUCCUGCACAGUACAUCUGAUAAAUUAAGAAUAUUUUGAGGAGAAGCAAUUCUUUAUAAUAACGCUGGGACUGUAUGAUAAUCACUUUGUAAUUACCAAACAACCCAACUGAGGCAAUGUUCAACAUUAAAUACCAUACAUAUUUAAGACGUCAUAUUGAAUUCCCACUGUAUUGCAAAUGCUUGAUUUUUUUUUUUUUUUUUUUUUUUUUUUUUUUUUUGUGGCUAUUUUAUACCUUUGAUGUGUGUCAGGAAAAUAGAUUAGUUCAAAAUCCCAUGGCCUCAUAGAUAUACUUGAUAAUGUCUCACUUUAAAAUUUCUGACUUGUGAGAGCUCCAUUGUAAAUAAACAUGGCCAGGAUGUUUCUUAAGUCUUGCAAAAAAUAUUAUUAUUAAUAAUAUGAUAUUUGGGCUCUUUUUGAUAUUUGUGAAGUGUAAGUGAAGACAGAACCAAUAACAAAGUGUUCUGGCUGAGGAAAAAUAACGCUCCACUGAGUGCUGUUUGGUUUUUCUAAGAUGUACAGGUGUAUGGUAAUUACUUUUUUGAAUGUGAGUUUGAAUGUGAUUGGUUGAUUCUGAGCACAGUCAUAUGCCCUGUUACAAAAGGGUGUUCACACUGAUGCAGCCAGGUUAUUUUAAGUUUUUCUUUUUCAUUUGAAUUUUGUUGGUUGUUAUAUCACUGCAAUUGUAACAGGGGUGUGUAGACUUUUUUAUAUCCACUGUACAUCUAGGCCUAAUGUGUAAAAAAAAAUAAAAUAAAUAAAUAAAUAAAAAUAAAAAUGUUUUCCAGUUUUGCAUGUUUGCCUUAAUGAAUAUGCAAUGUGGGGCAUUUACACCUAAAAGUGCUGUGGAGGGUGCACAGGGUAGAGUCAAUGCAAAUGGAUUAUACUAGAAGCUGCAAUGUGACUCACUAAACUUGAAAAAUCCCUUUAGGAACAGUGAUGUGCAAGUUGAUAAGUAUGAAGUAUGGAGUCUGUUUCCUCUAGAUGAAUACAAAAUUAAACAAUUA